AUGUUAAUGCAGUAUUCUAUGAAUACUAGUAAAUUAGUACAAAUCCCGCUUAUAUAUUCAUCUACUUCGUACAUCGCGAAGUUGAGAAGUGUGGUGCAUAGACAACUUUCAAUUGUUGCACUCACAGCAACGCAAGUUCGCUUUAGAAGUAGUAUGCAUAUGACGCGGUGUUCUGGUAUCACUGCUUUAGUCCGUCGCCUUAUUGCUUUGUUUGAAUUAUCUCAGUCUGGCUGCCACGGGCGGUCGGAUUUGGAUCUAUGCCAUAUCUUCAAUGCAAAUCUAGCUUUCGAGUAG